AUGGAUAAGAGAGAGAUAGAGAGCGACAGAAUUAAGCCCUUCAUGCUAAUCCUUCGGUCUCCUGCUUAUAAAUUUAGUGGAAAAGGUUCUUUUCAUGUGUUUCUCAUCUUACUCCUAGCAGACACUCAUAUAGAUCAUAAGGAGAAGAAGGAAGAAUGGAAGGUGCUCCAGGACAACAAGAGAUGUCAUACUAUGAUCAUGUCCAAAAACGCCGUGACGAGAAAGGAUGCCUCUAUGCUUGUUUGUUCACGUUGUGUUGCUGCUUUUGCUGUGCUGAGGCUUGCGAGUGCUGCUUGGAGAGUAUCUGUUGUUGUUGCUCCUAAGAUGUGGGAAUCAGUUGAGUAAAUAAUAUAAGGAUACUUGUAGUUAUAAUUUAUCGUUAUUGCUACCGAGUAUCUUUUUCUUGUAUGGUAAUCGAAUGCAAUUCUAUUAAACUCUCAGUUGUAAAAGCGCUGGUAUUGCAAGAGCCUGCAUUGUUGUUGUACCAUGUAAAAACCAGAAAGAUGCCAAUGAAGAAAGUUUAAUUUCAUUUGAAAAAUCUGCCACAAAUCAGAUUUA